CUACCCGCACCAACCUCACACAACACACACUCAGCAACCAUGGGUCCGUCUCUGCUGGCUCGCAUGGCGUGUGCUCCGCAGCUGAUGCGCUCCUCUGCCUCUGCCUCGUCUGCGCCCUUCGCCGCCCGCCGUCUCGCUCCGCUCGCGCCCGCCCUUGCCCGCAACCUGCACGCCUCGGCCGUGCGCGCAGGCGUCGAAGUUAAGUCUCUCUCGGCCGGCGACGGCAAGACCUACCCCAAGAAGGGCGACAAGGUGACGAUGCACUACGUCGGCACGCUGCAGUCCAACGGCUCCAAGUUCGACAGCUCGCGCGACCGCGGCUCGCCGUUCGUCACCUCGAUCGGCGUUGGCCAGGUCAUCAAGGGCUGGGACGAGGGUGUCCCGCAGCUCUCGCUCGGCGAGAAGGCUGUGCUCACCAUCACGCCCGACUACGGCUACGGUGCCCGCGGCUUCCCGCCGGUCAUCCCCGCCAACAGCACCCUCAUCUUCGAGGUCGAGCUGCUCAAGAUCAACUAAGCGCCUCGCUCCCUGCUGCGCAGUGUCUAUGCAUCUUGAAAUGCACCUCCUUAUGCUCUG